AUGUCUUCAAUAAGGUUAAUUUAUAGUCGUUCCAUUAAUAAACUCUCUAGCUUCUCAACUCUCAUCAAUUGUUCACCAAAAGAAACACUUGACACUAAAACAUGCAUUGAGCUUAUAAAGACAUGCAAAUCCAUAACAAAACUCAAACAAAUCCAUGCCCAAAUCAUCAUCCUCAAUUUCCACAAACACAUUGGCAUUUUACACAAGCUUUUAGCUUUUACAACUGAUACACUCCAAGGAGGAGACUUUAAUUACGCCAAGAAAAUUUUUAGUUGUUGUGAGAACCGCACAUUGUUCAUUUACAAUGUAAUGAUUAAAGGAUACGUGAAAAAGGGUCAAUUUAAAGAACCCCUUUUCUUGUUUGAUGAAUUGAGAAUAGGUGGCUUGUCUCCUGAUAAUUUCACGUACCCAUUUGUGUUUAAAGCUAUUGGCGAGUUGAAAAUGGUGAAGGGAGGUGAAAAGCUUCAUGGGUAUGUGUUGAAAUCUGGUGUUUGGUUUGAUAACUAUGUUGGUAAUUCUGUUAUGGAUAUGUAUGGUAUGUUUGGUUGUGUGACGAGUUUGAACAAAGUGUUUGAUGAAAUGACUCACAGAGAUUCGGUCGCAUGGAAUAUAUUGAUUUCUGGAUUUGUGAGAUGUGGUAGGUAUCAGGAUGCUGUUGGGGUUUACAUGAAGAUGCGGGAGGAAAGUGGUGUUAAGCCUGACGAAGCCACAGUUGUGAGUACUUUGUCAGCUUGCACUGCAUUGAAAAGCUUGGAACUUGGUAAAGAAAUUCAUCGAUACGUUGUUGAAGAGCUUGGGUUUAGCGUUAUUAUUGGGAAUGCAUUAGUGGACAUGUAUUCUAAGUGUGGAUUCUUGAUGGUGGCUAGGCAGAUUUUUGAUGAUAUGCCAACGAAAAAUGUUAUAUGUUGGACUAGUAUGGUUUCUGGGUAUGUUAACCGCGGUCAAUUGGAUGAAGCUAGAAAACUUUUUGAGAGGAGUCCGGUAAGGGAUCUAGUUCUGUGGACAACUAUGAUUAAUGGCUAUGUGCAAUUCAAUCGUGUUGAUGAUGCAAUGGAUUUGUUUCGUUCGAUGCAAAUGCAAAGAAUUAAACCUGAUAAAUACACAUUGGUUGCCCUUCUCACUGGUUGUGCUCAGAUAGGAGCCUUGGAACAAGGGGAAUGGAUUCGUGAUUACAUGAAAGAAAACAAAAUAGCUAUCACUGCAGUUGUUGGUACGGCCCUUAUAGAGAUGUAUGCAAAGUGUGGUUGCAUAGAAAAAUCAAUGGAAAUAUUUGAUGGAUUAAAAGAGAAAGAUACUGCAUCAUGGACUUCAAUUAUUUGUGCGUUAGCCAUGAGCGGGAACACGAGGAAAGCACUGGAACUGUUCUCACAAAUGGAACAAGCUGGAUUUUGCCCCGAUGAUAUCACUUUUAUCGGAGUGUUGAGUGCAUGCAGCCAUGGGGGCUUGGUAGAGGAAGGCCGCAGGUAUUUCCACUCAAUGAGUAGGAUUUAUGGGAUUCAGCCAAAGUUAGAACAUUAUGGUUGUCUGAUUGACCUACUUGGUCGUGCUGGGCUCUUAAGAGAAGCUGAAGAAACGAUAUCUAUGAUACCGAAAAAAGACAAUAAGAUUAUAAUUCCAAUAUAUGGGGCUUUGCUCAGUGCCUGCAGAAUUUACGGAAGAGUUGAUGUCGGUGAACGUGUGGCUAAACUGCUUAUGGAGAUUGAAUCUUAUGAUUCUAGCACUCAUACGCUUCUGGCAAACACCUAUGCAUCUGCUGGCAGAUGGGAAGAUGUAUCAAAGGUCAGAGGAACUAUGCGAGAUUUAGGUGUUAAGAAGUCACCUGGGUGCAGUUCAAUUGACGUCAAUGCCAAUGUGUAUGAGUUCAUUGUUGGGCAUUAAGACCACCAAAGGCCUUUGUGGCACUAGUGUUCCACAGAAGUCAUGGGUGAUCAUUGAUCCGAUGCUUCGGGCGAAACCAAUUUCUAGGGUGUGACGGGCAGUGUGUGCAGGGUCCAGGUAUAUAUUCACCGCGGCAUACUGAUCCGUGAUUACUGUCGGUUCCAAUUAGAUGAUUUGGAAGCGGUUUUAAAGGUACUGUACUGAGGCUCAUCCUGCUAUAAGAAACUCCGAGAUCGAUCUCGCAAGUCCUAGAUAAAAAGAUGGCAUACCUUUGGUAGUAGUGGUUGGUAUAAGGGUGAAUACAUCUGCAUUUCAAGUAUAAUGACAUCAAGAUAAACAACUGUACGGAUGCCAAAGGAGAUGGAUAGAAGUCGCAACGAGCUAAGAUGGUUUCAUGAUGCACUGGAUCCACAACCUUGCUGUGGGUGUGUUAUCGAGAACCAUGAUGGACAAUUUUGCAAGCCGGAGGAUGGAUUGAGGGCUAAAGGGAACGAGCUUCAGAGGCAAAACCAUUUUGCCUUUUCUUGGCAAUUUGAAAUGAGAGAAAUAGAAGAUUGUUUCAUAGAUUCUUGAUUAAAAGAAGACUGUUUUAUCGGAUAUGAGUACUAAAAUUCUUUUUUGUUUCAUUUGAACCUUUAGUGUAAAGAGAAAUGUAAACCUUUCCAGCUACUCGGUGAAUUUGUACAUAUAACAUUAUUGUGUAUACCUCUUCCAGCUU